AUGGAGGUGGUGGACAUGGGAAGACCCUUUAGCUCUGUCCGCUGGGCAGACGGUACUGGAGGUGAGGAAGACCGAGGUGGAGGUGAGGACGAAGGUGCAUGUGGAGGUGGGGGUGGAAUGGAAGGGGCGGUGGAGGGGGUUGGAUUUGGUUGUGAUAUAAAUAAUGGAGGCCGACAUGGAGGUGGUGACGAUACUGGAGGUGAGGAAGACCAAGGUGGAGGUGAGGACGAAGGUGCAGGUGGAGGUGGGGGUGGAAUGGAAGGGGCGAUGGAGGGGGUUGGAUUUGGUUGUGAUAUAAAUAAUGGAGACCGACAUGGAGGUGGUGGUUAUGGAGAGUCGGACGGCACGAAGGUGGAGAGAGCAGCAGAGACUUGGCGGGGGUGCCAAGGUGAAGCUAGUGGAAAUGAGUCAAUGAGUUGA